AUGGAUUCGUUUCGAUGGUUUUCCAUGCUAACGCUGGUGACGUUAGUUGUGUUUGGUGCCUUUAUUGAAUGUGACAACAGCUUCUACUCGAACUCUACCCAAACACUAGCCCGACGGAAAAGGACACUCAUCUUUCAUCCCAUUUCGAGAGGAUUCUUUCGUGUAAACAUUAAGGAUGCGAUAGCAGAUAAUUCCACGAUCUGGGCCCACGGGAUCGGAUUUCGUAUGAACAUAGAGUUCUACAAUCCGCCGGGGUUGAAGAUUACGCGCCGCGAUGUGCAUCAAUCAGUGGAGAGCAUGAUCAUGGCCCAUGGGUUCGAUGGUCGUGCCUGUAUACUGCGCACCUUCUGCGAAGUCUCGAAAGUCAUGACACCCAAGAGUGGCAUUUUGUUCAAGCUGUUCAAGCUAAUCUUCCGGUAAGUGUUGGACGAAAAAAAACAUUGAACGAGUGCAGUCUUAUAUGCGUCGUCUCGUUCGUUUUCCAUUCCAAUCUCCGUACACAGAUCGAAAGCGACCGGCUCUGAUGACAGUUCCAUCGGUUCUUCAAACAGUUUACCGGAGGGUGAUGACGAAUACUUCCCAUACCUGACGGCCAACGAUUGUAAGGAGCUCGAUCGCCACUGUCCUAUUACGCAGCUUGAUAUGGAUGGAAUGAACACAGCCGCGUCGAAUGAGGUCACUGAAGCAGCUCGCACGAGUUAUUAUUAAGGUAUGUGGUACUAGGAUCGGAAGACAUCAAUCAGGAAAGAAGAACGUGUAUAAUCUCCAUAAGCAUAAUGUAAAACAAAUAAAACUAAGUUUUAAACUAUUGUAUUUAAAAAAAGU